UCGUUUUGAUCAUGGCGGAGAAUCACUGCGAGCUGCUGCCGCCGGCUCCGAGCGGCCUCGGGGCGGGGCUGGGGGGCGGCCUGUGCCGCCGCUGCAGCGCUGGCCUCGGCGCCCUGGCACAGCGCCCCAGUGGCGUGUCCAAGUGGGUCCGACUCAACGUCGGCGGCACCUACUUCCUCACCACCCGGCAGACGCUGUGCCGGGACCCGAAGUCUUUCCUGUACCGCCUGUGCCAGGCGGACCCAGACCUAGAUUCGGACAAGGAUGAAACGGGUGCCUAUUUAAUCGACAGAGAUCCCACCUACUUUGGACCUGUACUGAACUACUUGAGACAUGGAAAACUGGUUAUUAACAAAGACCUCGCAGAGGAAGGAGUGUUGGAGGAAGCAGAAUUUUACAAUAUCACCUCACUAAUAAAACUUGUAAAGGACAAAAUUAGAGAACGAGACAGCAAAACAUCACAGAUGCCAGUGAAGCACGUGUACCGUGUGCUGCAGUGCCAGGAGGAGGAGCUUACACAGAUGGUGUCCACCAUGUCAGACGGCUGGAAGUUCGAGCAGCUGGUCAGCAUCGGCUCCUCUUACAACUAUGGAAAUGAAGACCAGGCUGAGUUCCUCUGUGUAGUUUCCAAGGAGCUGCACAACACCCCAUAUGGCACAACCAGUGAGCCGAGCGAGAAGGCCAAGAUUUUGCAAGAACGGGGCUCAAGGAUGUGAGGAGUACUGACAGCUGAAGAAAUGAUUUUCUUUUUCCCAAGAUAAAGUGAACCGCCAUGUGCAGAAAGCAUGGCUGUGAGAAGAAACCUGCUUUUGAUCAUUUCUCUAGAGAUCUGGGUGUGGAUCCUUUUUUGCCUCAGAUGUGGGUGGCGAGAGACAGCCCAGCUGUCAAGCCAGUCCUCCCCGUGGGGCUGCAGCUAGGGCUGGGUUGGCAGGCUUAGUGGCCUCGCUCUGUUCUUUCUGAGUGCUAUGUGGGACUGAGGCAGGAUGCUGCUGACCAGCCCGUGCAUUCCUGAAGGUGAUUUGAAGGACAGGGUCCUUGGUGCUACACACGGUCUGCAGCAAGCAGCCUGGGCCUUGCCAGGAGGGAGGGGCGGCAGCCGCAACUCCUGUUCCAUGCACUGUGGCUUAGGGCGUGAGUGCCUGCUCAUCACGUGAGCACCAGGCCCUCAUCCUUGGGUCAGGGAGGCUGCUCUGCCUCCCGGCAUGAUUGGUUGAGUUCUCUCGACCUCAGCUGAGGCUCCUGACAAAGGCAGCCUCUACGUUAUCACUACUUCUGGGCUCCUCCCCUGGACUACACCCCUUCAGAGCCAGGCUCUUGUUCUGGCCUGUCAGCUUGGCCCGGGAUCAUCAAGGCUUCUCAAUUUGUAUUUUCCAGGCAAGAGGACUUUGUAUCCCUUUUUUAAAAGUAUGGAUAGACCACCCGGUGUUUAUACUCUUUAGAAAUGCCUAAAAGUGUUGCUACAUUUUGGA